CACGCGGCGGUGGUAAACUCAAUUGGAGCCGUUCUUCCCGGAGAAGUGGAGGUAUACCUGAAAUUUUAGAGGUUUAGAGGUCAAAGAGUUCAGGGUUUCAUUCUGGCACUGUGAGUAAGCAGCAACGCCUUGGGGAUUUUUAGGAAAAAAUAAUUAAGAAAAAGUAAACUUGGGGGAUGCGAGGUUGCACCUGAAGUCUGUUUUCCUCAUCCAGUCUAAAAGCCAGCGCGUGGACAGCAAUCAUUUUCGGUCCUUAGUUUGUUUGGACUUUUACUCCGUAUUUUGUGAACAGUUUUGGACUGCGCAGAAUUCGGUUGAAUCGUGAAUUUGAAUGGAUUUAAAUGAGACACAAGAACCACUUUUUCCUCAAGUCAUCGAUGAUUUCACCUGCAAGCAAUCGAAUGUGAAGAAAAAAACAGUUUGAAAUAAGAAAACACUUUUUUGUUGUUAAACGACUUAGAUUGAGAUGUAUAAAAAACAGAGGAGGGAAUGAACUUUAAACUUUUGGUACUGUGCUAUUGGUACUGUGAAUGAUUGACCGUUCUGCGUAAAGUUGGCUCACUCGGCUGCCUUCCAGAUACAUUGAAACCUGCAGCGAGUUUCAGUGAAUGCUUGCAGUACUGCAGAUUUCUGCUUUUCUUCUGUUCCUCACGCCUGACGUAUUAUUUUUGAACUUGCGAUGUGUUUGCAGCCAUAGUCAUUCUGAAAUGUUCUGCUCGAGCAAACAAAACUCUGGAAUGAAACUUCCCCAUGAUUUACUACACUGUGGACUGUGGACAUGCUGCAGGAGCAAUUACGGUUUCCUUUAGGGAUUUCUUCCUUCCGAAGAGCUAUAAUAAAUCAAAGAAAGGCCUGAGCUGAGAAAAUACUCAAGUUUUACGUUUGUAAUUCCGACCAGUUUCAUUCCGUGCAUACUUCUGUGUCUAACGAAGUUUGUCGCAGCAGCAACGCUUUUUAUUUUUCUUGCUUUUUUUUUUUUUUUACCAUGUCGUCUCCCCACUGCAUGUGCUGGUUGUUGGCGCUGUCUUUCUCGCUGUUGCCACGACUCGCGCACGCUGCCUCUAAAGACAUAGUGUGCGAGCCCAUCACCGUGCCCAUGUGUAAGGGGAUCGGCUACAACCUCACCUACAUGCCCAACCAGUUCAACCAUGACACACAAGAGGAAGUGGGUCUUGAGGUGCAUCAAUUCUGGCCACUUGUUCGAAUUCGUUGCUCCCCUGAUUUGUUAUUUUUCCUGUGCAGCAUGUACACCCCUAUCUGCCUGCCAGACUACAAGAAGCCCCUGCCACCAUGCCGUUCUGUGUGUGAAAGGGCUAAGCGGGGCUGUUCACCACUCAUGAUCCAGUAUGGAUUUGAGUGGCCCGAACGUAUGAGUUGUGAACAGCUGCCCAUGCUGGGCGAUCCAGAUCGUCUUUGCAUGGACCAGAACAACAGCGAGUCUACCACCCUGUCACCCUCUUUGCCCAAGCCCACACCAAAGGGCCCAACGCGGCAUCACUCAACUGCAGCCAAAUCCUCUCCUCCGCAGAAGUGUGAUCGUGAGUGCCGUUGUCGGGCGCCGCUGGUGCCCAUCAGAAAGGAAGCCCACCUGCUCUACAACCGAGUUCACACGGGCUCCCAACCCAACUGCGCCCUGCCAUGUCACCAGCCGUACUUCUCGCAGGAUGAACGCACUUUCACCACUUUCUGGAUUGGUCUGUGGUCCGUACUCUGUUUUGUCUCCACCCUCACCACUGUGGCCACAUUCCUCAUUGACAUGGAGCGCUUCAAGUACCCUGAGCGUCCUAUCAUCUUUCUGGCCACCUGCUACCUCUUUGUGUCACUGGGCUACAUCGUGCGACUGCUGGCAGGUCAUGAAAGGGUGGCAUGUGGAGGUGUCGGUGAACAGCGACACAUCCUCUAUGACACUACAGGCCCGGCCCUGUGCACACUGGUCUUUUUGCUCAUCUACUUCUUCGGAAUGGCAAGCUCGAUCUGGUGGGUGGUCUUGUCCUUCACCUGGUUUUUGGCAGCUGGCAUGAAAUGGGGUAAUGAGGCCAUUGCUGGCUACUCUCAGUACUUUCACCUGGCUGCCUGGCUUGUGCCCAGUGUUAAGUCCAUCGCUGUGUUGGCGCUUAGCUCCGUCGAUGGAGACCCUGUGGCGGGCAUCUGCUACGUGGGCAACCAGAAUCUGGAGAGCUUGCGUGGGUUCGUACUGGCACCGUUGGUGGUUUAUCUCUUCACCGGUUCUCUCUUUUUGUUGGCUGGCUUUGUGUCACUUUUCCGCAUCCGAAGCGUUAUCAAACAGGGAGGCACCAAGACAGACAAACUGGAGAAGCUAAUGAUCCGUAUCGGCAUGUUCACCGUACUCUACACAGUACCCGCCACCAUUGUGGUGGCUUGCCUGGUCUAUGAGCAGCAUUACCGGCCAGGCUGGGAGCGGGCCCUUAGCUGCUCAUGUCCGGCCGAGCGACAGCGUCUUGGCCUGGGACCGGACUAUGCUGUUUUCAUGCUGAAGUACUUCAUGUGCCUGGUGGUUGGCAUCACCUCAGGCGUGUGGAUUUGGUCAGGCAAGACACUGGAAUCGUGGAGGCGGUUUAUUGCGCGCUGUGUCCCGUGUGGAGCCCGCAAGCCGGCUGCCUCUGGCUCUUCCAUGUAUAGUGAGGCUAGCACAGCACUCACAGCUCGUGCUGGGGGUGCCCCACCAGGCUCCUACCACAAAGCUGGGCCUCCUUCACACGUCUGAACACUGCCCAGUUUCCCUCUUUUGCACCACUCCAAAGCUGUGCGUACAGCAAGCUGGACCCAUCAGUGUGUGUGUGUGUGUGACUCAUGAACUUAUGACCUGUGUCACAACACUAGUUAGUAACCUAUUCCCAACAACAGUUCUGUGGAUGCCAAUGUGGGAAAGGAGGGAAUGUCUUCAGUUAGGUUUUUUUUUGUUUUUUUUUACUAAAAGCUUCAGGACUAUGUUUAGAUUUUCCUUAUCUAAAGCUAUCAUAAGGAAAGUUUCCAACGAUUUGGAAAUCAAGCCUGGAAAUAAAUGGAGGAAGGAAAACAAGAUUUGUAUUUGUUUAAAAAAGAUUCAGUGAGGGGGAAAAAAAGGAUUUUUUUUUCUCUCAGUUUCUGGUAAUAACAGCUUGGCUGGCGUCCCACAGUUAGCUGUUAGAAUAUAAGUGUCAGUGAACAGAAGCAAGGGGCAUUGACAUGCUAAUCACUAUGUGAAUCAAAAUGAAAAUGUGUGGAGUGUAGACAUGGUAUUUAUUUUAUGUGUAUAUAGUCUUAUACAGACUGUGUUUUAAACAGGCUGCAACCUGUCUAUUGUAUUUGUGAUAUUUUUUUUGGCGAUGUAUUGUACAGCUUGGAUGUGAAUGGAAGCUUGUUUUUAUAAUGAUCAGCUUUGAGUUGCAUGUCACUGAAUGCAUUUUAAGUAAUGUAAUUUACGACUCUUUGAAUAGUAAAAUGUGAGUAAGAAUCGAUAUAUAUAUGUGUGUGUGUGUGUGUUUUAGAGUUACUCUUUCCCCACUAACACUGCAGAUACGAAUGAAUAGAAUAUUUACGCAACACUGAUUGACGAGGGCUCCUAAUUCUGACCUAGUUUAUUAGCUAAGUUACAACAGGAGGAGCGAUCAACAGACCUAACUGUGGAACCAUUACCAAACCAUUAGUCAAAUCUCCCACACCCUAAAAACAGGUACCUCCUUUUAGACUCUGUGUGUGUGUGUAUGCACAUGUAUGUUAAAAAUACCAAUGGUGCCACAUGGUGGUAUUAAAGGUAUCACUUUCUCCUUCACAGAAAAAGCUAUUUUAAUAACAAACAAUAAACUAUUUGAUCUCUGUGGUAUUGCUGUGCUUUCAGUGCAGAGUGAGAGGGUCGUCUGACUUACCUCUGUUUUAUGGCAUCUGUCAGUCAUACUGUCACUGCAAGUUGACUGCCAUCUAGUGGCCAACUAUGUUGUGAACCCAACCCGAGACUUUUUGUAAACAUGAACAAGACUCUGUAGCCCUGUGCGUUUUUUCUUUCUUUUCCUUUUUUUCCCCCUUUUUUUUAAUGUCUGUGCCAUAUAAAGAGAGCUUGUAUUCAAAAUAAUACAUAUUAUGUCUUGUGGUGGACUUUUAUAACUUUCAUGUAUACUGUCAGAGGUUUUAAGCUUAUUUGGUUUGACUAACCACUCAUUUGUAAUAACUACUUAUUUCAGUGCUAGAUCUUGCGGUUCAGAUGUGGUACUUUUCAUGUUUGGAACCAAUAUGAGAAUUCACUAUCCUAGUUCGUCUCUUGGUUUAAGUUUUCUGCGAUUUCAAGAAAAGAUUUCCUUGAAUAAUCGUAAAUUUGAGUUCUCUUCAUUUCUGUAGGGUCCCAUACAGGUGUUGACUUGUAAAUUUCUGUCCCAAAAUCUGGUCAAAAAAGUACGGUGGUAUGAUCAUUUUGACACUCGUUGGCUGUACAAAGCUUGUUUGUGUGUUGUAUGUUUUCCUGAACAGUGUAGUGUUUUUUCCCCCCAUCCACAUUUCUGUAAACCAGUGUUUUGUCAUCCCAAACUGACCUUAAAUGUAACAUCUAGCCAGCUGUUUAUGCCAAGCGCCUUAGAGUUUUGUGUGUGCCAGUCAGUGACUGAAUGUGUACAUAUUGUUUUUGCCCACUUUCAUGUGUAAAUCUUGUAUGGGAUUUCUUUCUGAAGAGUCUGGACUGCAGCAUUUUGGUUUGUUUGGUUUUUUUUUUUCUGGAUUUUAAGAGAUUCUUAGAUAUUUAUGGAAGUGGAGAGUGUCUUUCCCUUGUUUCAUUUGUUUCUCUUACUGGUAGAGAAUAAAAACUGUGGAACAAACC